AUGGCGGUAGAAGUCAUCAAAAAGGACGGCUCUUCUGGACCGGCCGGCAAUCCCGACGCGGAUAUGGCCUCCAGCGAGUCGUCGGACAUUAAAUCCAACUGGGCGACUGCUGGUUAUUACACCGGCAUCUACGUCAACGACGAGGAGAAAGCUAUCCAUGGCCGACGGAUGAUGAACCGCAUCGACAAACCUCGGACCAAGUCGAUCGCCGUGCCCAUCGACCCCAACCGCCGCGUUUCGUUGACGGGAAAGUCGCAGUCGCCAGACAGCGGAGAUGAUGAUGCAGACGUCUCUGUCGGCAAGCAGAUGGAGCUGGAGGCGGGCAAUGCGAUCCAGUAUCGUACUUGCACCUGGCCAAAGACUGCGGCUCUGCUCUUUUCUGAGUACAUCUGUUUGGCUAUCAUGUCGUUCCCGUACUCGUACUCGGUACUCGGACUUGUGCCUGGCAUCAUCCUCACGGUGGUUCAAGCAGCAUUCGUGCUCUACACCUCACUAAUUGUCUGGGAAUUUUGUAUCCGCCACCCAGAAGUCAAGGAUGUCUGUGACGUUGGCCAGACGCUGUUCUUCGGCAAGCGAUGGGCGUGGUGGUUCACCGGUGUCAUGUUCCUCCUAAACAACACCUUCAUCCAAGGCUUCCACUGCCUGGUAGGCGCCAAGUACCUCAACACCAUGACCAACGGCGGCAUCUGCACCGUCGGCUUCAGCGCCAUCAUGGCCGUCGUCUCGUUCCUCUGCAGCAUGCCUCGCACGUUCAGCGCUCUCGCUCGGCUCGCCACCGUCAGCGCCUUCUUCACUUUCAUCUCCGUGCUCCUCGCCGCCAUCUUCGCCGGCAUCGAGGACCAUCCCGGCGGCGGGUCUGCAGAUACAGCAUGGCCGAAGCAGGGCAAAGUCGAGCUCCUGGUCGUUCCCCUCGCCGGCACCAGCUUCGUCGAAGGCAUGAACGCCUUCCUGAACAUCAGCUACACCUUCAUCGGCCAAAUCACGCUCCCCUCGUUCAUCGCGGAGAUGAAGGAGCCGAACGACUUUCCCAAGGCCCUGUGGGCUGUCACCAUGGCCGAGAUCAUCGUCUUCUCCCUCAUCGGCGCCGUCAUCUACGGUUUCACCGGCACCAACUACAACGUCGCGCCGGCCUUUGGCUCCCUCGGCAACGAGACCUACCUCAAAGUCUCCUUCUCCUUCAUGAUCCCCACGCUCAUCUUCCUGGGUGUGCUGUACGCCUCCGUGUCGGCGCGCUUCGUCUUCUUCCGCCUCUUCAGCGGCACCAAGCACAUGGGCAACCACACGGUCGUCGGCUGGGCCAGCUGGGCCGGCAUCCUCGCCUGCCUCUGGGUCAUGGCCUUUAUCAUCGCCGAGGUCAUCCCCUUCUUCUCCUACCUGCUCUCGCUCAUGAGCGCCCUGUUCGACUCCUUCUUCGGCUGGAUCUACUGGGGCUUCGCGUACAUGCGCAUGCGCGACGCGGACAUGGGCCGGGACUUUUACAAGAAGCGCGGCGUGCGGGGGUGGAUUGGCCUUUGCGUGAACAUCUUCAUCAUUGCGUUUGGCUUCUUCAACUUGGUCGCCGGGACGUACGCUUCGGUGGAUGAGAUUGUGAUGGCGUAUGCGAAUGGUGGGUUCGGCGGCCCGUUCGGGUGCGAGUACAAUGGGCUGUACAUCUGGCGGAAGGCGGAUGCGUUUUCUAGCUAG